AGUGAGUUGCUAAACAUUGGAAGCGACAGACUUUGUGACAUUAAUGUUUCACUUGAAUGUGAGACAUUUGCUCCGAAUCAGCGGAUCUGUUCAGUCAUGGAUAUAUCUUAUCCAACGAUGGGACUGACCUCUUGUAUCAUCUGGUUUCUCUAUGCGUCAGUGUGUGGGAGCUGGCCGCUGUCCGACUCAGAGCCAGUAAUGUACGGGGAAGUCCAGUCCCCACAAUAUCCACAGCCUUAUCCUCCAAACCUGCAGGAGCAGUGGGACCUCAGUGUUCCUGAGGGUUACCAGAUUCAGCUGACAUUCACACACCUGGACAUCGAAGCUUCUGCAGGCUGCUAUUACGACUCACUCACAGUUCUCUACAAUGAUAAGCUCCUGGGAAAGUUCUGUGGCAAUAAGGACUCUGCUGAUGGGCAUCACCCUGGAAACCAGCCCAUCUUGUCACCUGGCAACAAACUCACCCUCAUAUUCCAAUCAGAUGAAAACAACCCGGAGCGCCACCAGAACGUGGGCUUUUCCGUUCAUUACCAGGCAAUAGACAUGGAUGAAUGUUCUGCACCACAAUCUGGAGUUGGCUCAGGUCCACUCUGCUCUCAGAUCUGCCUCAACACGCUUGGCUCAUAUCUCUGCUCCUGCCACCACGGCUAUGAACUUCGCUCAGACCAGCGCACCUGUGUUUUAUCCUGUGGUGGUGGCAUAUUUGAUGAACCAGAGGGACAUCUGUUCAGUCCAGGUUACCCAAAUGCCCCGCCUCAUGCUGUGUCCUGUCAGUACAUUAUAUCUGUAGAAUCUGGCUUGACUGUUUCUCUUAACUUCACUGACAACUUCCACAUUGAGAGUGUAGACACUCAGGACGGUCCAAACUGUUUCCAUCACUGGUUGCAGGUCACCGUCGCUGACAGAGAGCCUGUGAAGCUGUGUGGUGGAAAGAGCCCAGGACUCAUAGCCACAAACUCAAACACUGUCAAGCUGGACUACCACCUUGAUGAUCAAGGGCUGAGCAAGGGAUGGAGCCUGGACUACAGCACUCAGAGAGUGAAGUGUCCACUUCCUGAUAACGUGGCUAAAGGCAAGGUCACCCCUAAAUUAGAUGAAUAUUUCUUCAGAGAUUACAUCUCUGUACGCUGUGACCAAGGAUACAAGCUGAUGAUGGAGGGUCAGGAGAUUGAGAGUUUCUCUGCCAUGUGCCUAAGCAACGGACAGUGGCACCUCCCUCUGCCUGAAUGCCACAUAAUUGAUUGUGGAAAACCUGAAGCUUUGCUGAAUGGAGGGGUGACCUUCCUGUCUGGAUUUAAGAAUCAGUAUCGCUCUGUUGUUCAGUAUCACUGUAAUGAACCGUUUUAUUCUCUCCUUGGUGGUGCAAAUGUUAGCUUCACCUGUGAAGCAGACAGAAAGUGGAGAUCCAUCAAUAACGUUAUUACCAGUCCAACAUGCAUACCAGUUUGUGGGCGGCCAACAAAACACAUCUCUGCCUAUCAGAGGAUCAUUGGAGGCAAUGAGGCUCCAGAAGAUACUAUUCCAUGGCAAGUGCUAUUGAAUGAAGGAGGACAGAGGGGAGGAGGCUUUGUGAUCGCAGACCGCUGGAUUAUGACAGCAGCUCACGUAGUAAAACACCCAGGAGGUCACGAAGGAAAUGAAAAUUUAAAGAUUUAUAUGGGACUUACUGAUGUCACAACGCUAAAUUCUCCGUUGAGAGUUUCCUCAAUCCAUGUUCAUCCUGAUUAUAACAACCUACAAGGUACAGACUACAACAACGACAUUGCCUUGAUCAAACUACAAGACUCAAUCACAUUCAGCUCAUCUGUGAUGCCAGUGUGUUUGCCAGCAGAGGGAGCAGCGUACGACACUGGCACGCUAGGGACGGUAUCAGGUUUUGGUGUCACAAAAGUGGGUAGCACACAGAAGAUAACGAAUAAACUGCAGUAUGUGCGCCUCCCAGUGGUGGACCAGGAGAUUUGCAGAAAUUCAAUCAAUUCGGCGAAGAUAUCAAGGGACGGGGUGCCAGAUCUGACAAGCAACAUGUUCUGUGCUGGAAUCCCUGACGGUACGAAGGACUCUUGCCAGGGUGACAGUGGAGGCCCCUUCACCUUCAGUGAAAACGGACGAUUCUGGGUUGCUGGGAUUGUCAGCUGGGGCAUUGAAUGUGGGCUGUCUGAAACAUAUGGAGUCUAUACCAAAGUCAGUAACUACCUGGACUGGAUCAACAAGAUCAUGCAGGAGAAUUGAAAUUUACAGUAAAUGAGUACAUCUGAAGAUGCUGAAAUAACAAUAAAAUUCUGUAGCUAAUGCAUAGCUAAUUUUGCUUUAAGUGGUCUCGUCAUUUUUGCCUGAAUCUUUAAGGUUGUGUCUCAAAAAAGAAACUUAAUUUCAAAGCUUGAAGAAAAAUUGUAUGAAUAUCAAAUUGACUGAAAGUCAUUGUAUCCACUUUGAUACAAAACUUUUUUUCUUGGUUGUUUAAUUAAUUGUUUUUGCCAUUAAAUCACUUGUGUUUGUACUUAGAACGUAGUACUUUAAAGUAGAAAGUAGUACUUUCUAAAUACUUAGAAUGUCUGGUUCUCCUUCCAUUUGUCAUUUUUGUAUCAUCAUUAUGAUUCUACUCAUACUUUUCCUCCAUUUUGUAGUCAGGUUACUUAGUGUAACACUUUUCUUCUAAAGGUCAUGUUUUCCUGUAUUUUUGCCAAGGCUAACAAACAACAAAUGCAUUGCAAAAUAAUAAUAAAAAUCACACCCUCCACCGUG